UAAACCAAACGUGAAACUUUACCUAUUCAUGUCCUCGUCGUUGAGGUACUUCCUGAUAAGUUCGUCGAUGUAAUCAUCUUCAACUGUUUGAUCCUCAGUGGGAAUACUUUCGACGCCAUAGUUUCUCGCCAUAUUUGAACCAAAAUUUGUCAAUUAAAAUUUUUUCGCGCCAAAUUAACCUGCUGCCACGACAGCCCUGACGUCAAGGCGGGAGGCGGGCCGCGCUAUUUGAAAUGAGCAACGUCAUUCAACGGUGAGGAUAAAAUUCGCAUGGUGAACCUUCUUCAAAGUAUAUUUCAAAGACGUUUUCUAGACCUGCUCUGAAAGGCUUCCCUGGUAUUCGGCCAUGGAUAGCAUGGAAUCUCUACCAUCCUCGGUUCGCUCUCAUGUAAGCGAAAGCUUGCUAGAUACUGAUUUGAAACCCUCGCCAGAGCACAGUUGCAUGAUGCGAGGUGAAGCGUCAGCCGAAAUCGGCAACGAAAUGACCAAUAGUUCCAUCCAAUGGCCAAUUAACCUUGAGAUGAAACCGGAACAUGACAAGAAUGACGAAUGUGUUCCAAGGGUAACAGGCUUGUAUCAGUGGUUUGAUAAUCAGGCAUUAUCGGAAGAAGCGAGUUCUGUCAAUGUAGACCAAAUAGAACAUCCAUCGGCUUCAAUCCAAGAAAUACUGGAGGCAAGUCGCUUGAGCAAAAAUAAGGACCUUUUGCAGCUUCUUGGUGAGAUUGGAUCGGGUGAUGAUUCUUUGCCAGGGAGUUACUGGCAAGAAGUAGGAGGCAAUGACUUUAAUUCUCAAAAUGCUGGCUUCCCAGUAAGUGGCACAGAUGAGUGCCCGCACUUUCAAGAUGCUCAGAAUUUUCGAACAUUUCUGGAACCACUGCCUCUAGUCAUGUCUUCCUUACCUGGUGUGAUGAGUAGCUACAAUGUUGCACAACCUGGGGAUAGCAUUAUUUGGACUGGGCAAAAUGAUACAGACACAGGAAGAGGGGUGACUUUGGAGUGUAUUCAAGCAGGAGAAGCUUUUCCUUUUGUACCAAAUUCAUCGACAAGUCAAGAACUCAGAGACAUAACUGACGAUAUAAGAAAACAGGAGGAGAAGAAAAGAAAAAGAAGAGAGCGGAACAAGCAGUGCAGCCGAGAAUUUCGCAGGAAACAGAAAGUCAGAGAGCAGCUCCUGACGAGGGGAAAAGCAGAAAAAGAACAAAUUUUGGUGGAGCGAUAUAAAAGGAUAGAGAAAACAAGUAAAAUUCUCAUCAAAAUUGCUACAAGCAGUGGAGCAUGUGAAAAAGGACAAGGUAUUAUCAACAUGGUGGCUGGCUUGAUCAAUAAAGAGAACUUGCCAUGUAGUGUGGUCAAAAGUAAUAUGGCUGCUAACAGAUUGGUUAGCCACACCCAAACACAAGCCUUCUAAAAUCUUAAUAUUGCUUGUCUAAUGCUAAUCAAUUAAAAAAAUCGUCAGGGAGACACUAAAUGAUUCACUCACAACCUGCAAUGACAAGUAAGUUACAAUUUUAGUAUAUUCAUCCUAAAACUUAGCAGCUCCUGACAACAGAGUUUAUUAAACCUUUUUGUACCCAAAUAGUUUUGUGCCUCAGCAGGUUAAGGGAAGAGGUACAGGCUGAAUUGUAUGCUUCUCAUGGGCAAGUUCAUUUCAGUGGAUGCAUUGCAAGUACUUAAACUAUAUUCACUUUGGAAAUUUAAAUGGACAAAACAUUAGGAUUUUGCUAAGGUUGUGUUAGGUGAAUGACAUGGGAAUCAAUGAUUUAGUGUUAGCAUCAAGCUGGAAUUGAUCAAAGUAGAGGUCUGUUUCAAUGGGAAUUUGCAACAGAAUAAAUGAUGGGAAAAUAAGUAACCAUAUAAUAGUAGGAAGGAAUAGCUGGCCUAUUUCAGGGUUACAAUAAUUUUCUUUUUUGGAAAUAAUUUAAAAUUAACUUUCAAAUUGAGUUUUUGAUUUUAUUUUUGGGGUAUUUGUUAUUUAGAGCUAUAUGUUGAAAAGCAAUGCACAUAAUUAUAGGAAAAAAAAAAAACAUGUCAUCACUUUGUAGUAAACUAGUUACAAAGCCUUAGGACACCAGCAUUUAUUUAAAAGAACUUAUAAUGGGAACCUUUUUGGCCUGGCAAAGUAUUAAACUACAGCUUAAUACAGUCAUCCUUUCCUCCACCAAUGAUUGGGAAAUUUUUGUCUUCAGUGGGAAACUGUUGGUUGUCAAUGCCAGGCAUUUUGUUAAUGUUUUCUAAUCACUGAUAUUCUAAGGUCACAAUUGUUUAAACUGUGAGAAAAAUACCUUAAAAAUAUCAUUUUUUUUGGGUUUUUUACUUUAAUCUUUGU